UGAACUGUUUGAUCUGAGUUCUACCGGUUUGUUAAGUGUGUUGGCUACUUUUGACUUAUAUGCCCUAGUUCACUUUAAUUUAAUACAGUAUCACCAUGUCGGUGGCGUUCGCACCUCACAGGCAGCGUGGGAAGGGUGAUAUAACACCCGCUGGAAUACAAAAGUUACUUGACGAAAACAACCAGCUGAUCCAGUGUAUAAUGGACUUCCAGAGUAAAGGAAAAACAGCAGAAUGUUCACAGUAUCAACAAAUGCUGCACAGGAAUUUAGUGUACCUGGCGACGAUAGCAGACUCCAAUCAGAACAUGCAGUCUCUCCUCCCUGCUCCGCCCACUCAAAACAUGCCCAUGGGCCCUGGUGGGAUGAACCAAAGUGGACCCCCCCCUCAGCCUCCUCACGGUCACAACAUGCCCUCUGAGGGUAUGGUCAGUGGUGGCCCUCCAGCCCCACACAUGCAGAACCAGAUGAAUGGACAGAUGCCUGGGCCUAAUCACAUGCCAAUGCAAGGUCCUGGUCCAGGCCCCAACCAGCCCCCAAACAUGCCCAGUGGCUCUAUGAAUAUGCCCCCCAGCAGCCAUGGCUCGAUGGGUGGUUACAAUCACACCGUCCCUUCUUCCCAGGGCAUGCCAGCUCAGAGCCAAAUGAACAUGACCCAGGGCCAGCCCAUGGGGAACUAUGGGCCCCGGCCAAACAUGAACAUGCAGCCCAAUCAAGGCCCCAUGAUGCAUCAGCAGCCUCCAUCCCAGCAGUAUAACAUGCCUCCUGGUGGUGCCGGACAGCACUACCAAGGACAGCAGAACCCAAUGGGCAUGAUGGGCCAGGUCAACCAAGGGAACCAUGUCAUGGGGCAGAGGCCAAUGCCGCCCUACAGACCCCCACAGCAAGGACCCCCUCAGCAGUACCCAGGGCAGGAAGACUACUAUGGGGACCAGUACAGUCACGCAGGACAGGGAGCCUCAGAAGGUAAUGCCCAGUAUGGCCAGCAGCAGGAAGCAUACCAGCAAGGCCCUCCCCAGCAGCAGGGCUACCCACCUCAACAGCAGUACCCGGGUCAACAGGGCUACCCACCACAGCAGCAGGGCUAUGGUCCCUCCCAAAGUGCCCCAGGACAGUAUCCUAACUAUCCUCAGGGGCAGGGACAGCAGUAUGGGGCUUAUCGCCCUCCUCAACCUGGACCCCCACAGGGGCAGCAGCAACGCCCCUAUGGCUACGACCAGGGGCACAUGAGGAAAUAAAGACCCAGGGAUUUGAACCCCUGACUAGCUCUGUAAGAAGCAAAGGGCCAGUAUGGAAAUUACCAGCAAUGAGAGAUGGUCACAGCAACCCACACAGCUCUGCUCUGAUCUCUGUCUGAGCUUUGACCUCUGGUCAACUGCUAAGCAGACUUAAAUGAUGGUUGUAGCUCACUGAGAUUCUCUCAGACACGAACAUACAACACUCAAAACUACAAGAAACGUUUCCCCUCUCUUUGGGCUCUUAUCCUUGCCUCUAAAAUGUGUUCUGUUUAUCAUGUACAUUGGCUUGAUAAUGUCAAAGUCCAUGACUCGCUCUCUGGUCCAGUAUGUCUCAAAGCAGCAAUGCCUUAAAAAUGGAACUGCCUUAUCCUUUAGCAUUGCAGAUUGUGAAACAGCAACAAAAUUUUGGAUAUCAGAGAUGAUUUAAAUGUACAGUUUCAAUCUACUGUGGUGCAUUGUUUCUCUAUCCCUCAGCUCCUUGUUCAUAAGAAGCAAUAACGCCAGCAGUAGGGAAUUGUGUGGGGCUUGAAAUGAUGCACCAGACGAACUUCCCGCUAGGCCAUGGUACAUGUCUUGAUGUAUGUGAUGAUGUAAAAAUAUAUUUUAUGCUUUUUAGAUCAAGCUAACUUUGUAUAAGACAUUGGAAACUAGUACUAAAGCUGUGUUGUUUAUUUCAUGAUGUGUACGUGUCGAUGGUUUUUUUUUUUUUAUGAUCUUUAUUGAUGAUCCCAUCCAGCACACUUUGUUUUUUUUUUUUGUGUUGACUUGUAUAACUAUUCAAUAGGAUCUUCUACUUCAGUGACAUGGACACCGUAUGAAUUGUUUGUGUAAAAAUGGAAAAUUAAUUGACAUGCAUGGAAAGGAAGGACAAAUACGAAAGGCAUACCUGGAAUUAGAAAAUGUGUAAUGUCUGUAAACACAUAAGGCAGAUUCUGUAUUCCGUGUUAUAAGCUGUGUAUUUAAGUCAGUGAAAAUAUACAACAAAUUUGGUUCAUGAAUACUUUUUUUUUUUUUUUUUUUUUUUUAAACCACCUGACCGAGUAAUGGCCCUUGGCCUUUAUUUGACAAAUGUGCCCAAGAGGUGAAAUGUAGCAGAUGCCACUGCAAAUUGUAACUUAAUGCUUUCUGGAGCACCCCCCCCCCCUCCAAGCCUUUUAGUCUUGUCCAUUGACUGCAAAUUGGUGAAUGAUAAUAAACUUGAUUUGUACAGCACUUUUCAAAACCAAGCAAGUGCUUUACAUGGUUGAACCAGGAUUAAAACACUUCAGGACUAAGGAAAAUAACACCAGGCAUUUGAAAUGAUACAGAAAUAAAAUGGAAUAAAACCCCAAACAAUAAAGAUAAAACAGAUAAGACAUAUUGUCAAAGAAAUGAUGUGCUAGAAUUAAAAAAAGAAAAAAAAGAUGAUUUGAGAAGUGAUUGAAAAGAUGUCACUGAUUCAAGCCUCAGAUCCUCAGGGCGGGGAGUUCCAGAGCUCAGGGGCCUUGACUGCAAAAGCCUGCUCAUCUUCAGUCUUGAGCCAGGACUCAGGAACAGCCAGCAGAGCCCUGCCUGAAGAUCUGAGGCUGCACCUUUACUCAUAGGGGAGCAGCAAUGCAGCUGAGAGCUGAACCAUGAAGUGCUUUUAAGGUGAUCAGUAAAAUCUUUAAAUCAAGUCUAAAACUGACUGCCAGCCGGUGACAAGCGGCUAAAACGGGGCUGUUGUGCUCUAUGAAAGGUCAAACUGCAUAUUUCUGACAAGUACUUUGUUUUGUUAGUCUUGACAAUGCUGGAAUCCCCUUCUCCUUUUGAAUAAACGUCUAAGUUGAUGUCAUUCAAA